GCCAGCCCUACAGUUUGGUCCUGGACCCGGCUCCCAUUCCGAACCAGUUCCUUGAGCUCUCUGGGCUACUGGCAGCCCGAGAAGGCACAGGCCUGUCCAAGGCUUUUGCAGGUGUGUGCAUCUGUUGUGGCCAGCGCUCUGUGUGAAGUGAAAAGGAGCAACCUGUUCAGGAUACCCACAGUUUACAGUUGUGCACACAAAUAUUACUGGAGACCAGGUAUGGUGGUACACAUCUGUAAUCUCAGCACCUGUGAGGCUGAAACAGAAGGAUCACUGCCAGCUUGAGGCCAGCUUGAACUACAUGGGGGCGCCUAUCAUCGCGCGGCACGCAAAGGUCCUGCUAUUGAUCACACCACUAGGGGAGCUGUCUCGUGGCGGGGGUCACAUGGUGCAGUCGUGUCACGUGAAGCUCGGCCCUCUCAGUUACCAACGACCCAUCAGGCCUGACUCCCGUGAGUCACGUGGCUCGAGCGUCAGCGGACGUCCCCUCCAGGUCAAGUACCAGGAUCUGCCCUUCGCGUGCCUGAAGCCUCCAGAAGGUGGCCUUCCAAGGAGUCGAAACUACCGAAGGUCGGAACUCCGAGGAGUCGGAACUACCAAAGUCUGUUCUGCAAAACUCUAGGGUCAAGAGACAGCAACAAUAAAAAUGUGUUCACAGAGAAAGGAGUUUGGGACAUUCAGAAAUAAAGAGACAUAAAGGAGCAAUAAAAAGGGAAGCUAUGCUCAUGAAAAUGAAGGACUAGAGACUGUCCAAGAAUGACGGUUGAUUGAACAAAAAGACCUACGUCUUCUUCCUCCUGAAGCUUCAUUCUAACAAAGGCAUCGAAGGGCCACAAGCCAAGGACUGGGCUGAGAUGCAGCAGUUCAGAUAUGGUGAUGGCACCAGUGCUCUUCGAAGAAGAAGGGGAAAUGGGAGGGCUUCCUAUGGUAAUUUUGACAGAAGGAGCACUCGUCAUGAACAUAGUCGGCAUGGGCUUCUGUCUUCACACUUCCCGAAGGAUGAUUCAAAUGCGAUAAAGGAUUUUUAUGAGGAUCGCAGAGUGAGAUACAUUCCUUACGUCAGACAACACCACAGGAGCAGAGGGAGAGGGUGUGAUGUGCACAAAAGCCGUGUUAAUGUGUGCAGAGAUCCACAGCUGAGAGACAGAGAAAUGAAGAUGGACACACGGGAUGGAACCCGGCAGAGCUGGUUCAAGGUCACAAUUCCACUUGGCAGAACAUACGACAAGACCUGGCUAAUGAAUUUAAUCCAGUGCCAUUGCAGUGUCUCCUUCAGCCCGGUUGAUUUCCACUACAUCGAAAAUAGGGCCCUGUUCUUCGUCCAGGGUGUGAGCACCGCCUCCGCAAUAAAAGAUGCCAGCAACAAGAUUUAUGAUGAGGAGAACCAAAAGAUACGUAUCUUUGUCAAUCCUUCUGCUGUACCCUACUCUGUGCAGAAUAAGUUCACACCAGAACAAAUGAAGCAGCUAAAGCUGACCAUGAAGAAACGCUAUGAUGUCUCCCAGAAGGCUCUCAAUCUUCAGAAGCUCCGCUUUGACCCAGACUUGAUGGACCAUGAGAUUGACAUAAUCCUGAAUCGAAGAAGUUGCAUGGUUGCCGCCCUGAAGAUCAUUGAAAGAAAUUUCCCUGAGCUGUUGUCCUUGAACUUGCAAAACAACAAAUUAUACAAACUGGAUGGCCUGUCGGACAUCGUGGAGAAGGGCCCGCAAGUGAAGAUUCUGAACCUUUCCGAAAAUGAACUGAAGUCAAUCAGGGAGUUAGACAAGGUGAAAGGCCUGAAGCUUGAAGAGUUGUGGCUACAAGGGAACCCCUUUUGCAGCAAGUACGCGGACCAAUCUGCUUAUGUGAGUGCCAUCCAGGAUUUUUUCCCCAAGUUGUUACGCCUGGAUGGCCAGGAGUUACGCCCACCAACUGUCAAUGACAUUGAUCUGCGCAAGUUAGUAGAAUCCUGCAAGGAAAGCUACAAAGGAUCUGAGACCUUGAAGAAUCUGAUUCUACAGUUCCUGCAGGAGUAUUACUUGAUCUAUGACUAUGGAGAGCGACAGGGUCUCCUCAGUGCUUACCACAAUGAAGCCUGCUUCUCCCUGACCAUUCCCCUCAACGCUAUGGACCUAGACACGAGCAACUUGUGUGAGUAUUUCAAGUAUAGCAGGAAUUUGAAGACGCUCAAAGAACCAGACUUGCGGAGACAGCUGCUGAAGUACACGAAGCGAGACAUUGUAGAUUGCCUCUGUGUGUUGCCCAAAACUCGGCAUGACUGCGAUACCUUUGUGGUGGACAUGUGGCUCCAGACGGAAAAGAUGCUUUGCUUUUCUGUGAAUGGAGUGUUCAAGGAAAUACAGGGAACGUCUCAGGGUUGUGUUCAUGCCUUCACCCGGACAUUCAUCGCUACUCCUGGCAGCAGCACCCGUCUAUGCAUUGUGAAUGACCACCUGUUUGUGAGGGAUGCCAGGCCUGAUGAGAUCCAGAGUGCCUUCUCCAUACCCGUGGCCACACCUUGCUCCAGCUCCACGUCCACCUUGUCCCAGGAGCAUCAGAGAAUGGCGCACGCUUUCUCCAUACAGUCUGGAAUGAAACUCCAGUGGGCUCAGAAAUGUCUUGAGGACAAUGAGUGGAACUACAGCAAAGCUGGUCAGAUCUUCACAGUGCUCCAGACCCAGGGCAAGAUCCCAGCAGAAGCCUUCAAAUGAAUGCCCCAAAAGGAGCCUUUGGAUGUCUUAUUGCUCUUCAUCUACCUCAUCGUUUUUCGUUCUCCAGCACAUAAUCAUACCCCUAGCUGGGCUUGGAGGCCUGACUCACCAAUAAUCCAAGGUUAACUUGUAGUCCAAGUAAUAUAACCAUCCAAAUAGCCAGUAGUUCUCUGUGUUGUCUCCGUUCAAGACGGCUGUUUACACUCACAAUAAAGAGUGACAUCGCAGGUUGCA